CUUUCCCCAUCCUAAUAAUUACUCCUUCUAAUGAACGCCGAAGAUGGCAAUAACGAAAGGAGCCCCCGUCUCGAUCUUUCUCUCCGUCCGCCGUCUGCUCAACCUCCUCCAGCACCUGAAUAUCCCCAGCUGUCAUCCACAUUGCCCUCGUCGCAAAUUCCAAACGAAGAAUCCAACGCAACCCCUCAACCCAACAUUGAAACUUCAAAUGACCAACAACAACACCGACGGAGACUGAGACGACGUAGAACGAGAGCAGACAUGACAAGGAUUGAGCCACCGUAUCCAUGGGCGACUGACAAACGAGCGGUAGUCCACGAACUCAAGUACCUUCAAUCGAACAACAUAAUGAAAAUCAAGGGGGAAGUGAUAUGCAAAAAAUGCGAGAUGAAGUAUGAAAUUGAGUAUGAUCUAAUGAAUAAGGUUAAUGAAAUAACAAGAUUCUUUGAAGAAGAAAUAGAUAGUAUGCAUGAUAGAGCUCCAAAUUGUUGGACAAAACCCAAUUUACCAAAUUGUAAUUUCUGCAAUGAAGAAAAAUGUGUAAUGCCAGUGAUAUCUAAAGAAGAUGAUUCAAAGAUCAAUUGGUUGUUCUUGUUCUUGGGGCAAUUUCUUGGAUGUUUGAGGCUCAAGCAACUCAAACAUUUUUGUGCUCAAUCAAAUAUUCAUAGAACUGGGGCCAAGAAUCGUCUUCUUUAUCUCAGUUAUCGUGCUUUGUUUCAUCAACUCCAACCCUCCCCAACACUCAACAUUAAUUGAGGUAAAGAUUAUAUUUUGCCCUUCUUUUAUUUAAUUUAAUUUAUUUUUUAAUGUUGGGGUUCGACGACAUGUAAGAUUGGUAUUGCAAUUUUUCUUUCUAUAGUCUUCUUUGGAUACUAUUGUUGGUUUGGCUAUGAAUUUUAUUUUUA